UCUCCGAGGAAAAGAUAAGUUUUCUUAUAUUCGACAUUACAAUAAUUAUUUUGUGGUGAAUUACUAAUUAUUGAUUAUUCUUGUUAUGUGUUCUUGUUAUACGCCUUUUGCACAGAGGUGUUGGUGGUGGAUUGCUAUGUACAUGCUCUUGGUUGGCUUUAUAGGAGACGGUGGUGUUUCGUUACUAUACUGUUACUGGGAGGGGUUAAUUCAUUUGCGGUGCAUCAGCGUGUGUUUGGAAUUACGUGCAUGAUUUAUUAGUUAUUUGCAUUGUAUUGUAAUCGGUUUCAUUGAAAUUGCUUAUUACUUAAUCGUUAGUGCAGUGGUGGUUCAGUCUGAAUAGAAUAGAAGGGAAGCAUUUUGGCCCAGGUUCUCGCUUAUUGCUUGAUAAUUUCCAUGAAAAUGACUGGAGAACUGCAUGCUAUAUCUUUAAACGAUCUGAUAAUGCAAGGAAGAUAAGGUAUUUUGUAAAACUGGUUUUCGAUAAGCAAAAUCGAAGUAGGUAGGACGACUAGUAGAUAAAGAGGAGAAACUAGAGUGCUGUUGGUCAAACGGGGCUAUGUAGGAUGCAUAACUUUUCCUGGAGACAACUAUUUACGCAUGAUUUCCCGAUUUCGGAGAAAAGUUGUAAUGGAGUGACAUUAGGAUAAAUAUGUUCACAAGAUUGACUGCGUUCUUAUAUCACAUUCGGAUACUUAUCACCUCGGAGCACUUCCAUACUUGGUAGGAAAAUGUGGGCUCAAUUGUCCAAUUUACGCCACAAUUCCAAUCUUUAAAAUGGGACAAAUGUUCAUGUACGACUGGUACCUUAAUCGUUCCAACGUUGAAGAAUUUAAGUUAUUCAACUUGGACGAUAUUGACUCUGCAUUUGACAACAUUCUGCAAUUAGAGUAUAAUAGUACUAUAAAUUUAAAAGGAAGCGGUUUAGGAAUAUCAAUCACCGCACUUCCAGCGGGUCACAGUUUGGGUGGAACGGCGUGGAAGAUUUCAAAGACUGGAGAACAAGACAUUUUCUACGCGAUUGACCACAACAAUAAGAAGGAAAGACAUUUAAAUGGCUUCGAAAUGGAUAAAAUAUCACGUCCCGGGAUAUUCAUUACCAAUGCCUUAAAUGCUCUUUAUGUUCAAGAGAAGAGGAGAAAGCGCGAUGAAAUGCUACUAGGUAAAAUGCAGCAAACAUUAAGGGCAGGAGGGAACGUCUUAAUUUCUGCGGACACUGCAGGCAGAGCUUUAGAACUGAUAUUCAUGAUUGAUACAAUGUGGAGAAUGAGAGACUCUGGACUUUCUCCACACUAUACGUUGGUAUUCCUUAACAAUGUCGCUUUCAAUGUGAUAGAAUUUGCCAAAUCGCAGAUCGAGUGGAUGAGUGAAAAACUUAUCAAAGCGUUCGAGAAUCAAAAGACUAACCCUUUUCAGUUGAAGAGCGUCGUCGUGUGCCACACACUACUAGAACUUAAUCAAAUAGCCUCGCCAAAGGUGGUCAUCACAAGUUCCGCGGAUUUAGAGUGCGGAUUUUCUCGAGAUUUAUUCCUCUUGUGGUGUCAAGACCCUCUAAGUUGCGUCAUAUUAACUCAUCGUACAUCUCCAGGAACGUUGGGUCGUACUUUAAUUGAUGGAGUACCUCGAGGAAAUAAGAUGAAUUUGGAAGUAAAACAACGAGUAAAACUGGAAGGGAGAGAGUUGGAAGAAUUUCUCCAGAAAAAGCAGAAUGACAAUAAGAAUAAGAGAAAAAUUGAAGAGGUUGAGAUUAUCGACUCUGUCGAGGAUGAGGAGCCCCAAGUUGUAUUUGCAAGUGUUAACAAUCAGAAACGUAAUGGCUGUGUGAAACAUGAUCUCAAUCUUAUGCAAAUGCGGUCAGAAGAUGAUGCCAACGUGUUUAAAACGAAUAACAACAAUCAAAAAAAUGAUGCUCCUCCCAAGAAGAGACGAUUUGAUGAUUAUGGAGAGAUCAUUAAUCCUGAAGACUUUAAAGAGAAUGGGAAAAGGAACAGGGAUAAACCAUCGAGAAAACAGACUUUAUCCUCCACCUCAGGCGGAGACGCUUCAUUAGACUCCGAACCACCAACCAAGACCAUUUCAACAUUUCAAACGUUUUCCGUCAAUUGCCAAAUUCAUUUUAUAGAUUUUGAAGGGAGAUCUGAUAUUGAAGCUGUUGUAAAAUUUCUAGCAGAGAUUCAGCCCCACCAGCUCGUCAUAGUUCGAGGAACUCCUCAAGCCACUGUCGCGUUAGAAGCUUUAGUUAGACAAUUACUUCCAAAUACCAAAAUCUCCAAGCCAUCACUUCGUAAAGUUGCCAACCUAACAAGUGGAUCGAGCAAGAUUGUUCAGGUCAAACUGACUGACUCGCUUAUGUCAUCCCUCGAACUAAAGAAAGUUAAAGACUGUGAGAUUGCUUGGGUAGACGGGCUAUUAGAUGAAAACUCUAGUCAAGAGGAGUCUGGAUUAUUGCUUCAACAAUUACCUCAACAAGAGGUUCCUACCCCACGUGGUCCUUGUGUCGUCAAUCGUAUACGAAUUUCUGAGCUUCGACAACUCAUCGCCCAGAUGGGGAUUGCGUGUGAGGUUAAUAAUGGAACUCUUACGUGUACCUGCUCCAAUGGCGUGGUCUACAUCCAAAAGGACUCGGAAACACGUUCCAUCCACAUCGAAUGUGACGGUCUUCCAGAGGAAUAUUACACGAUACGAAGCCUAUUAUAUGACCAGUUGGCAAUGAUAUAAUAAUUGAAAUUAUUUUAUAUUAGAAACUAAUUUAAUUAAUUCUCGUCCCACUGAUUAUCGGCAGAAAAUAUGUAUGUUUUUUAAACCAACACGAUAUUAUAUUAUUAUCCAGUAAAGGAGGUUUCUUGUCAUUUAUUGUUAUUGUUUUGAUUAUCAACAACCAUAAUAUACAUAAUAUCAACAAUGGACAUUAUACAUCGAACCGCGUGUUCUUCCGCCUUCCGCAUAUUAAUUACUUAUAAAUUACCUAUACGUAAAGUCGACCUACAGCCAUGUACGUCCUCAAGAUUUAAAAUAAGUGAAUGACUUUUGAUAAAUUUUGUUAUCCAGGAUAAAAUAAUUUAACACCGUUUUUAGGAUACGUUAUGUAUCCUACAUAAUAUACAUCCAUUGUUGUGAUUUUAUGAAAAAAUAUAUAUACAUCCAAAAUUUUUGAAA